AUGGGCGGCGGGGCCGGGCCGGCGGUGCUGGGGCUGGCGGCGCUGGCGGCCCUCUGGCCGGCCGCCGGGGCGGGCUGCGCGCAAGAAGGGCGCUGCUGCCCGGGCCGGGACCCGACGUGCGUCGCGACGGGCUGGCGCCUGACCAGAGCCUACGGCACCUGCUUUUGCGACGAGGCGUGCCGGCGGACGGGCGACUGCUGCUACGACUACGCCCAGGCGUGCCCAGCUCUGCCAUGCAUUGCUGGGAAAUGGACUCAAUGGAGCGGCUGUGCAGAACAGUGUAAGCCUAACUUCCGAAUGCGAACACGUGCCAUACAGCAGGAACCAAAAAAUGGUGGUGACCCUUGUCCUUCAUUAGAAGAGAAGGCUGGCUGUUUGGAAUAUACUACUUAUCAAGGGCAAGAUUGUGCAGAUGAGCAUGUUCCUGCUUUCAUAACUACUUCUGAAUACAAUAAAGAGAGGAAAAAACGAGCUGUGCACCCAAGGUGGUCUUCAGAAAAGGAGGAUUCCAGGAGCUACUGUGUGGAGUUUAGAACGGAAACAUUAUCUCCUCAUUGCUCUGUGGAAAGCCGCCCAUAUGCCCGAUGGAUGCAGUAUCUGCGAGAAGGAUAUACCGUGUGUGUAACUUGCCAGCCUCCAGCUAUGCAUACUGGCAGACACAGAUGUUCUGGAGAUGGUGGUAAUGCAGAUGGGAAUAAAGUUCUUCAGUGGCAAGCAGUUGGCAAUCCUUUAUGUCAUGGAACAUGGAAAAAAGUUCAGCAAGUGGAAGAAUGUUCAUGCCCUCUUGUACAUAGCUUUAUUUUUACAUAA